CCAGAAGUAUGGCGUGGAAGUCAGGUGAUGAAUCAAAGAAGACAAAUGAUAAGCUAAACGAAAUUGUAAAAAACCAAGUAAAACUUCCACCUGUAUUUAAUAAGAUAGCAGAUGGGUUGGAAACUGUAGGUGACAAUAUAUGGACUAUUUUAGCUGGAGCUAUCGCUGUUGUAUUUCUGAUUUACGAACUAAGCUAAACAUUACAUAUUGUAUACAAGUAUGAAUACCACAGAUAGGGAACUCCAACCUGGCUUCAGGAGGAGCCGUAUGACUACAAUCAAAGGCCCUCGAACUAGAAGUGUUGUCACAUUUAAUCCAACAACUAUUAGCCCCGGGUGAAGAGCUGUACAUUAAUAUUCCAAAACUCAAGCCAUCCUCUUGCUUAGUCCCUGGUUCGCUAGCCCUUCUAUUUGACUUUAAGAAUUCCAACACCAAGAGCCGCUUUAAUAACAACCUGUCUAAGUUGCUAGCAAAACGCUUACAGGUAAAGCUAGCUGGUGAGACAGCCUAUGACUGUUCAGGAGAGAGUCUAUUCGAAGUGUACAAAGAUGUAUGGCUAACACUAGGUGAUAGGAAAAAGAUGACUAAACAGGGCCUUGUAAGUGAGAAUCUUAGAAAGCUGAUAUCAGGGGACGACUCUGGAGUGAAGGUAGGUGAUGUAGAUAAAGUAGCAGAUGCACUUCUCCAUAGUGUAUACGGCUCUAAGCUUAGGAAACCAAUUGACAAGAUAAUUGCAGAUCAUGGGCUCUAUGUACCGUUCAAUAUGAAUAACAAUCCUAUGUACAUCCUCACACUGCCCCAAUCAGAUGAGAUUAUGACUGCCCAAGGAGGUGAAGCCAAAGGUGAAUAGAAACUGGACAAUCUUGAGUUAGAGUACGAGACCAUUGAGAAUGACGCCCUUGCAAGUGAAGUAUUAAGGAUGUAUUCAACUGGCCGCUCGCUGUCCUACAAACACGUUACACUAAUGCGCACGAGUAACUGGGACAAGGAUCUUACCAUUGUCAAUGAGAACAUUAAUAUCCCCAGAAAGAGCAUGUCAGCAAUUGUCCUCCUAUUCACCAAUAGAGUGAGAACUGAUUCGGAAGAAUAUAUUUACCCAAACAUUGAUAAAGUCAACGUAACCAUUGAGGGUGUGCCAAAUGCAGUCUUCUCCCAAGGACUUCCUAAAAAUAGGUUCUUUGAAGAGGCAAAAAGAUUCUUCUGCCCAAUGUGUGAGAAAACAGUGGCUGACGAGUUUAUGUCCACCAGUAAGUUCUCCGGUAAUGGUUUCGCUCUAGUGAUUGAUCUCAGGUCAACACAAGAUGAUACCACUUGUGGAGGUAAGAAGAUUGUUAACACUCAGUCUGGCGUACUCCUGGAAAUCAAAAAGAGAGCUACAGCAGCUGACGUUCAGUGUAACAUUUUUGUUGUAUCAGAUGCUCUCCUCAACUUUGCCAAUAGAGAUCUAUCAAGUAUUCAAUACUAA